AUGUCGUUGUCCAAAAUGGAGAUGAUCGAUAUAUCUGGAAUGCCUGUGGAACAGAUUGAAGCUAUUGCCAAAGCUGCUUUUGGUGGAAAUUUAGGAUGGCAUAUUGGACCUUUCUUAUUAGCAGUAUUGUUUGAUGGGAUCUUGCUGGGUGUUGUCAGUCAACAGUACCUGACUUGGUGGAUAUAUUCAAGGCAGACAGAACGUCGUCUUCACGCUUUUCUCACUCACUUCCUCUUAAUAGCUUCCGUGGUAUAUACAGGAUGUGAAAUAAGUUAUUGUCUGCAUAAUUUUGUUUACAAUUUCGGUCAAUAUAGAGUAUUCUUAGAAGUGAAUUAUCCUCAAGUUUUCCCUCUUCUAGGAUGGAUAAUGUCCGCCCCUGUUCAAUUGUUCUACACAGAAAGAUCAUACAGACUGAAUGGGGAAAGUCGAAUACUCGUAGGUUUAUUAGUAUCUCUUAUUGUAACAACCCUAGGUGUUACUGUAUGGAUAUUAGUAGCAUGUCAAUCAUUAAGUUCUGAACUCCAAGCUUUUGCAAUUCUACCUCCGGUCCAGGCAUGGCAGUCCCUCACUCUAGCUACAGAUUCUAUCAUCACUGCAAGUAUCGGUUGGGGUUUGUAUAGAUCAAGAACAGGCUGGUCGCACACCGAUGAUCUAGUCAAGAGAGUGACGCUAAUCACAUUGGAAACUCAACUUGGUCCAACAUUAUUAAUGCUGGCUUUCGUCAUCGAAUUCGCUAUAAAUCCACCUUCCACCAUCGGGAUUUUCUUCGAACAACUCAUUCCGAAAUUCUAUGUGGUGGGAUAUUUAGCCACUAUAAAUUCAAGAUUUGAUUUAAGAAGAGCAAGUUGUCCAGCCACCAUCGGACCUUGUACUCCUUCUAAACCGAAUACGUAUUAUCAAGGUUCGAGUCCACUUCAUCAAGAUACAGUCAUUGUUGAUACCGAUACAUAUGUUGAGUCUUACAAAUUGCAAUGUACCCCACCUGGUAUCAACAGGAUACAGCAAUUGGAGGGAUUGAAAGAGACAUGUGAUGAUCAUUGGGUAGAACAUCUCGAUUUUCAUCAGAGUAAUAAAUCCAAUAAAACACUUCAUGAUCCAGCUCAACUAGUUUAA